AAAGAGUGAGAAUUGAAGAGAAUGCAAAACUCUGUAAUGGGUUGUUGGUUCUGUGAGGAGGUUGAAGUCUAACCCUUCCACCUCAAGCCUAUGAUUCGUAUUCAUUCUUCUGUGCUCCAUCCAAUGCUUUCUUAUUUUCCUAUGUUUAAUCCCAACAGCUCUAGUUGACAAAUCCUAAUUACCUCUGCUGCAUAAAAAGAGUCGAGAAAAAGUCCGGAGUUGGACAGGAAGAAAGAACCCUAGUAGAUGUGCUCUUCAAUGUCAUCCUUUUCACUCUGCCUCCCAUCAAAGAUCCCGUUUUUGUUACACCAACGUUUCAAUCUCAGUUUUUCAAGCAACCCAUUAUACAUCAGGCCAAGAAACCCUAACCGCUUUUUGCUGUCAGCUUCAAUUGCUGAGAAGAAUUCGAGUCUUGAAUUUUCGUGGACUUCUUGGGACAAAGUUGCCUCUGAUGACUACAAUGGUUGGGCCAUUGCGGAGGAAUCUGCUCCGAGACCUGUUAAAAAGAAGGGCCUGCAUAAAUUUGCGGUAAUUGGUAUUGGAGCUUCAGUUGCUGCUGUUCUUGGGUUCCUUGCCUAUUUUUCACUCUCGAGUAAAGGUGGUGGGCUUCAACUCAGGAGUCGGUUUAAUGCUUUACGUGGAUUUUCGGUGCCUUCAUUCACUGAUAAGGAUGAGAAUAAAAGUGAAGAAGUUAGUGAUAAUGCAUCAUUGAAAGUUGCUCAGGUGCCAGAGGAAAAUUCGAGCGAUGUCUUGGAUGCAUUUGGGCAAACAGAGACAAGCUUUAAUACCAUGAAAGAACGAAAGCUUGAGCGUAUUAUAGUUCCAUUUGCUGUGGAUUCUGUUCAACAAGAAGCUCUCUUGGUACUAAAGAAACUCAAGAUUAUUGAAGAUGAUGCCAGAGCAGAUGAACUCUGCACAAGACGGGAAUAUGCACGGUGGUUAGUGCGAUCAAAUUCACAACUGGAGAGAAGUAGGAAGCAUCGCAUAAAUUCCUCAGCAGCACUUUCUGGAUCUAGAAUUACUGCCUUUGAUGAUGUAGGAGUUGAAGACCCUGAUUUUGAAUUUAUUCAAUCUCUAGCUGAGGCUGGUAUUGUUAGAAGCAAACUAUCAGAUGGGAACUCCGGUCCAAAUGUGAAUAAUGUAGAAGAUAAAGGACCAGUGGAUUUUUCUCCUGAGAGGUUUAUAUCUCGCCAGGAUCUAGUUAGCUGGAAAGCAAAAAUAGAGUACGAAGUCAUGCCAGGAAUCUAUGAAAAGAUGUCAAGGAAGAACAUCGGUUUUCUAGAUGUGAAGGAGAUCUCUUCAGAUGCAUUGGUGGAGCUUUUUGUGGACAUUCUGGCUGAUGAAAAGAGCAUAGUCAGAGGAGUUUUUGGACAGAGCAAGCGAUUGCAACCUACUAAACCAUGCACAAAAGCUCAGGCUGCAGUGGCACUAACUAGCGGAAGAAUGAAAGAAAUCAUACAGGCAGAGAUAUCAAGACUGGAAGCUGAAAAUGUUUUAAGACAAAUUGAAUUGCAAGAAGUGAUGUCUGAGCUUCUUUCGAGAGGCGACAUAAAGCAGUACUGGGAAAGAAAGAUUGGAGAAGAAAGAAGUCGUGGCUUGGAAGUGGAAAUGGAUUACCGUGCAGCCAUUACUGCUUUGGAACAGGAGAAGAACUUUCAAGAGACAGCUUUAGCUGAAUUGGUGAAGCAGAAGGCAGCUUUGGAUUGUCAGGAACAGUUACUUUCUAGUUUAAAAGCAGAAGUCACGGAUAUGACAGAAAAACUUUCGUGUGAGAGGGCUAAGAUUGUUGAGGAGCAGCGUGGCAUACAGGAUAUACAACAUAAUUUACAGGUGAAUUUUGAAAGAUUGCUUGAUACAAAGUCAAUAUUGGAAGCUGAAGUAGAAGCAUUGCGAAUAUUGAGAUCCUGGGUUGAGGACGAGGCAAGAAAAAGCCAAGCUCGUGCAAAGGUCCUUGAGGAGGCUGGCCGGAGAUGGAAAUGGGACAGUUGAGCAGAGGAUCUUCUGAUCAUGAAGAUGCUGGACUAAUUGCCAAAGAGCUACUGCUUAGGGGCCAUGUUAAAAACUCUGGGUACUGCAUUCUAUGGACCAUAAGGAUCCUUGCUGAACUUCAUGAAGGCAGGCAUUCUCUAGGCUGUAGGAUGUGUGGAAAAUGGAGGACUGGACUUGAUGAUUGUUGUGUUUACUUUUCUGGGUAGGGCAAUGUAUAAAUCUGCUUCUCAAUGAAACAGCCAAUAAGAUGCAUUUUGUCAUUUGGUUAACCCAACAAAGUUAAAUUCAACCUUCUUGUACGAAGAUUGAUACUGCAUUGCCAAUUCAUCUGGAGCAUGCUCCAGAUAUUACCGUCUGAGCUCUGGAUUUGCUGGAAGAAUUAUGUAUCUGGAUCUUUUGAUCUUUCUCUUU